AUGAACAUAUUUUCAUCAUGGGCUUCUUCUCGUUCAACAAUGUUAAGAUUUAUUGCCCUUUCAUUAAGCUACACACUUUCAUUAUUUAUUUUUCAAAAAGGACUUCUUGUAAAACGACAUGUUCUUCCAUUAAAAAGUUCUUGUUCAGACAUUGUUAGUGAAGAAAAUUGUUGGAUUAAACCAAAAUAUAACAAAAGUAUUUUUUUAAUUAUUGACGCUCUUCGAUUUGAUUUUAUUUUUCCUUAUGAAAAUUGUAUGGGAAAACAACAAUUAAAAGGAGAUGAAAAAUAUUAUCAUGGACAAAUGCCAAAAAUUGCCAGACUUCUUCGUGAACAACCUGGAAAUGCUCUUUUGUUUCCCUUUAUUUCGGACGCCCCAACAACAACAUUUCAAAGAAUUAAGGCUUUGGUUACUGGAAGUGUGCCUGCAUUUAUUGAGGCUGGAGACAAUUUUGAUGGAACUAAAAUUUCUGAAGACAAUAUUUUGGAUCAAUUAUUGGCUAGCGGGAAGAAUGCUACACUUUUGGGGGAUGAAACUUGGUUGCAGCUUUUACCAGACCGUUUUCAUAGACAUUUUGAAAAGCCAAGCUUCGACAUUAUGGAUUUGGAUACUGUUGACGAUGCAGUUAUUGCCAGCAUUUUCGACGAAAUUGACCGUUCUGAUUGGUCCUUAAUAAUUGCCCAUUGUCUAGGCGUUGAUCACGCCGGUCAUCGUUAUGGACAGGCACAUGCAGAAAUGAGCAGAAAAUUGUUACAAAUGGACAAAUUGGUAGAGGAAUUGACUCAAAAAAUGGACGAAGAAACCAUUUUAUUUGUAUUUGGUGACCACGGAAUGACUUCAACUGGAGAUCACGGAGGGGAUAGUUUAAAUGAAUUAAGUACUGCUUUGUUUGCAUAUACUCGUCCAAAUGGAAAUGAAUCAGCUAAACCGUUCUCUGCUGAAUUUGACUGUUCUGGCAAAUUUUGGUGUGGAGUUGACUCGGUUUCUCAGGUAGAUUUAGUCCCAACAUUGUCCUUACUUCUUGAUUUACCAAUUCCAUAUCCAAAUAUUGGCCAAAUAAUUAAACCUAUUUUUGGGAAUGAUUCUUCUAAUUUAUUUCAACAACUGAAGUUAAAUGCUUUUCAAAUGUUUCGAUAUGCACGUGAAUAUGCCAAACAUCAAAUUGAUUUGAGGGAUGAUCUAUCAAAAAUUUCUCGUCUAUAUGAAAGUACAACCAAUACAGACGACUUGACUCAAACAAUAAAAAAUUUGAGCAAUUUAAUUCGUUCUUCAUUAGACCAAUUUUAUUUUGAAUUGUGCCUUGUUGGGAUUUUUUCUUUGGUGGAUUCUUUAGCCUUUAAUUGUUUUUUAAUUUUCAAUGCAAAAAAUACAACGCCUUUUUUUCUUUGGAUUUUUCGUUCUGCAAUGCUUUUAUUACAGCUCAGUCUAAUUUUUGCAGAAAAACCCGGUAAUGACCAAUUAAUAUAUACAACUACAAGUUUAUUUGUGUCUCUAUGUUAUUUUCUACUCGUAUUUUUAUUUGGAUCUUCAAUCAAAAUUAAAUUUAAAUAUUUUAUUUCUUUUUUAUUUUCAAAUUUUCAAUUUUUUGGACAACUAAUUUUGGGUUUUCUUGCAUUUUCAAACAGUUUUAUUAUUUAUGAAUCUGAUGUUUUACGAUUUUCUAUUCAGUCUUUAAUUUUAAUUGCUUUAAUUAAACAAUUAAAUAUUCACAGAGAAUUCUCAAUCUACAGACUUUCAUUCAACUUCAAAAUGUUUAUUUUUCAUAUAAUUGUUGUUUUUCCAUCGUUGUUGAUUCUAAAACAAUUUGAAAGUUGCAGAGAAGAGCAGGUUUUAUGCUACACUUUUAUAUUUACAUCAGAACAAUUACUUCCUUGGAGUAUUUUAGCAAGUUUUGUUUCAACAUUCUUUUUAUUGGAAGAUAGAUGGAAAGCAUUAAAAAUAACUAGAUUUUUUGUUUGGCCAUUACUUAUUCUUCUUUAUUUACAUUGGAUUUUUGAAUCUAUGGUUAUGACAAUGAAGGGAAAGCCUUCAACUUCUCAAUCUGUCCAUAAUACAAUUAAUUUAUUUGAGAAUCUCAGUCAAUUAUUAGCCAAAUCAAUUUUUUCUGUUACUCUAGUUCACUUUUUUGCCAUAAAAUUAUUUGGAGAUGAAAAUUUAAAUAAAAUUAAUUGGUUAAAAUCAAUAUAUCAAAUGAUUAGUUUACCUUUAAUUAUGUUGAUUGGAGCUGAAUAUGGAUGGAGAACAGCUUUUUGUUUAUUUUUAUUUCCGGUGGCAGACUUUUUCUUUCAAAACGACAUCAAAAAUUGGUGUUGGUUAAUGAGUUUAUUGGCUGCUUAUUGUUUUUAUGCAACAGGAAAUCAAAGAACUUUAAAUUCAAUUCCUUGGCGUGCAGCUUUUGUUGUUUUACCUGGAAAUUUUGCUUUUAAAUGGGUUCCUGCUUCUUUUAUUUUGACUGCAAUGUUUUUUGGACAAUUAUUAGCUUCUUUAAUGGCACAUAUGAAAGAAGAGGAAACGGCCCCUUUUUAUUUAAUUUUGUUUUUGGCAAUGAAAGUAUUAGGCUCAGUUCUAGCCUCUCUUCUUCAUCACAAACAUUUAAUGUUUUACAAAGUUUUUGCUCCAAAAUUUGUUUUUGACGCGGUGGAAUUGCUUACUUGUUGUGCCUUUAAUUUUAUAAUUUAUUUGUUGACAACGAGUUUUUAA